CAAGGUCUUCGCUGGCGAUGGUAACGACGGACUNGUCAACAGGAUGUCUGCACCAGGUGUACUACGACACCGCCAAAGACCUUGGAUGCUUCGGAAGCGUUAACCAGUUGAAAGCGGGGGAGGGCAUGCGCGCGGCUACCAAGGUCUUCGCUGGCGAUGGUAACGACGGACUCCCGACCGAAGUAGUCAAGGCCAUGCUGCAGUACUGAACAGUGUGCUCGCGACGGAUGCAGCGGUGCGCGCACCAGUUUCCGUUCUUUGUGCCUACCCUAGGGAGGGAGGGGGGCUUGGGGAUAUUUAAAUGCGCGAGUGCGCCCAGGAAAGGAGCGGCGGGGAGGGGGGUCUGCUGGUGGUUCUAUCUUCGGCUCUCGCGUUUCUAUUUUUCUUUUUUUUGUUCGUGUGUUGCUGUCCUUCCUGUCGCGUGAAGAUUCUUGGACCGUUGGGGCGUGGGGCACGUGGGCGCCGUGCGUUUCGCGGCUCCCGUAAUGUCGACGUUUCUGUGCGGAUGAAGGGAUACUUUUUUGGGGGCAGUGGGUCUGUUUUUUUUUCGUCGGAUAGACAUUCCAUCGUCGUAAUGCCCGCGUUUCCAUCGGGGUAUGUAUUGGGUGCCAUUCAAUACAAGGGCAGGAUUUCAUGCGACCCCAGUUUGUCCCUUGCGUCCCACGAAGGGCUGUGUACUGUGUGACCAUCUGUCCUUCAACGGUGAUAAUGAAGUACCGAUUAUCCAAGGGAAAACGGGAAGAAGUUAGCCUGCUGUCGUGUGUUGUACUCCUCGGGGAGGCCGCACGCCGUGGGCCGCCGCCGUGCGAGCAUUGCUCCUAUUUUUUUUUUUUUAAUAAUUUCU